AUGUCCUCCGAGGGCGGGGCCGAUCCCAACCCCGUCCUGCCCAAGGCCCAAUUCAUCGAGGACGUGGGGGAGUACUUAAAGGGCCGCAGCGCCGACGAUGCGAUCGCGGGACUCAACGAGCACUACCGGCGGUACAAGCUGGAGGAGUCGCGGCUGCUGCAGCGGCGGGUGUACAAUCUGAGCAAGCUGCCUGAGGUGAAGAAGACGCUGGACAUCGUGAAUCUGCUGAUCCAGAAGGAGGGCGGCGACAGCGAGGUCACUGUGGACUUCGAGCUCGCAGACAACGUUUUCGCCAAGGCCACCUUUCAGGAUGUCCACACGGUGAACCUGUGGUUGGGUGCUGGUGUGAUGGUGGAGUACCCACUUCUGGAGGCCAAGGGCGUUCUGGAGGGCAGCCUCACAAACUGCAAAGCAAACCUGGAGACGAUCAAGCAGGACCUGGAGAAGAUCAAGGACUACAUAACCAUUACAGAGGUCAGCAUCGCUCGCAUAUACAACCAUGAUGUGGAGAGGAGACGGUUGGAAGGUGGCUCAUCCUCAAGAGAAAAUGCAGGCCAGGAGUGA